AGAAACCAAAAUUCACCCACCAUACCAUAACCAAAACCAAAGCAAGAAAUGACAUGUGACCCACUUUUUAAAAAUUUAAAUUUGAAGACAUUAGUCUAGACUAUAGCCAAAGUCCCACACCCACAAAACAUGUAUCUAAUUUUGUUGAUCACCAUCAUGAUGAUAAUAACAACAACCAAAGUCAGAGGUGUGGACCUCUCCACCCCUCCGCGCACGUUAGCCCUUACUUCCCUCUCACCUAAGCGGUGGUGGCCUCCUCAUCCACCCACGUCACUUUUCCUGCCGCACCACCCUCUUUAACCCAACCCACCCACCCACCAUGUCACCCUUUUUUUCUCCCGAUAUAUUCCCCUCUCUCCCUCCUCCUCCACCAUCACCACAACCCUAAAAGUCUAUUUUCUCCCCCUUUGCUAUCUUACGCCACAACCAUGGCCUCUUCUCCUACCGAUUCAAACCCUCCUUCCGCCGUUCCCCUCCCACUUUCCUUACCUGCCCCACCACCACCAACCACCUCCCGUCGUCUUCCUCCACCCUGCUGGACACCUGAGGAAACAUCUGCCCUAAUCGAUGCUUACCGUGACAAAUGGUACUCCCUCGGCCGUACCAAUCUCAAAGCCAUCCAUUGGCAGGAAGUUGCCGACGCUGUCACCGCUCGUUGCCCUAAUGCUUCGCCCACCAAUAAAACCGCCGUUCAGUGCCGUCACAAAAUGGAGAAACUCAGGAAACGUUACCGAUCUGAGAUUCAACGGCUCAGAUCUCUCCCGAUUCCGCGAUCUCGUUCUUCUUCCUCAUGGGUUCAUUUCAAAUCCAUGGAUUCCAUGGAAAAAGGUCCUUCUCCGCCUUCUCCACCUUCUCCACCACCAAAACUUGAAAAUCAUAACCAUCUCAACCACCGUGAAACCCUAGUUGAUAACGAUGAUCUCGACGAUGACGAUCUAUACGAGGAACUCCGAAGCGCUGCUGGCGGAGGUUCUGGAAACAACAGAAAUCUUGAUAAAUUCUACCGGAACGGAUCUUCCGGCGGUGGAUUCCGGAUCCGGAUCCCAACCGGUGUGAGUGUUGCACAACCUGGAUCUAAAUUCUACGGUGGCCACCAUCAGAAAAUGAACAUGAAUAGUAACCAGACGGAAUCUGGUUCUCGCGGUUAUAUUAACGGUGGAACUAGGCUUGUGAAGGAGAAGAUUGGGUUGGGGAAGAGAGAGAGGGAAAGAGAGGUAGAGAAAGAAAGAGACCCUACUGGUGAAAUGGUGAAUGCUAUUAAGGUUUUGAGAGAUGGCUUUGUGAGGAUGGAGCAUAUGAAGAUGGAGAUGGCUAGAGAGAUCGAAACGAUGCGAAUGGAGAUGGAGAUGAAACGAACUGAAAUGAUUCUUGAGUCUCAGCAGAGGAUUGUUGAAGCAUUCGCCAAAGCGGUAUCGGAGAAGAACAAGAAGAGGAAACUACAUAAGGGUAAUAGUAACAUCAACAACAUAGCUUCGCCUUCGGAAUCGUAGAUAUCUAUAAAUGAUAAUGAUGAAAAUAAAGGUUGGAGCUUUUUUCGAUUCUGUGUUUGCACUUGCAGCCCCAUGAGAUGAAAUCAUGCUUGUUUUUAUGUUCAGUAGUUUAGAUUUUGUUUUAGGCAGGUUGAUAUAAUGAUGUUACUUGCUAUAUUCAUAUGUCGACCACUCUUUUUUAUUUUGUUUAUGGUAAAUUUUGGAACUUGAUUAUAGCUUUAGAUUAAUAUAUUGUUGGGCGAGUUUCUUUUUCUAGUGUUGUUGCCUUGUAUUUAAAUUGUUAUAGGAUGAUGUUUUGACUCGGGGAAACAUAGUUUCAUAUUGAACUUGUAUGGUAUCUCUUGACUAAGUUAUGGAUUUUAUGUGCUUAAUUUA